AUGCCUCAAAAUACUUCACAACCAAAACUAAAUGCCGAAUGUUCAACUGUGAAAUCUGAUAAGCAUGCAGUUCGUAAACGGUUUUCAAAAUUUUUAUCUAAACUACUUUCGAAUUUCAAUCAACCAACGCAAAAUUAUUCAUCAAACAAUCGACGUUGUGCAACAUCAGUUGGUAAACAUGAAUUAAAUUAUUUUGGUCAUCAAAAAUCAUUGUUUGAUACAAACAAUGAUCGAAUGCCAUAUGGAAUACAUUAUCGAAGGCGGUCAACCAUUAAACGAAAUCCAACAUUAACAUCAAUUCAAGAAGAAAAUGAAACAGAACUUAUGAAUGGUAUAUAA